CGUACUUCCUCGUUAUACCAAUGGCCUCUUUGAGAAAAUGAGUUUCGAGCUUCCGUACAUAACCUAGGGUUUCUGCAAAAUUUUCAGUUGCUCAGGAAUGGCGUCGCUGGAGAAUGGCGGCGAUGACCACGUGGUCGAACUGAGCGUGCGUGAGGUAUCGGCGUUGGAAAUUGACGCCGGCGGCGAAGUUCCCGAGGAGAUAAGCCCUCUGUUAUCGCAGGCUGAGAGGCCCAAAAUCAACAUUUUCACGGUCUCUUAUCCUCGGAGAAAGCCUAGGGAACAAGUAACAAGAUUACCAGAAGCGGAGACAUCUCCAAUUACACAAUUUGUUUUGUGGGUAUGGAGUGGAUCUAGAUACUCUGGUCUUCUCUGUAUGGCCGUUUCAUCUAUCAUCUACUUUCUCAUGGGAGUCAUUUCUGAUGUUUUCUCUGUUCAGUCAAUUCCUUUGUUUGAGACUGCAUUUACAAGAUGUACAAUAAUCUUGAUUUCUUCAUAUAUAUGGCUACGAAGAAGUGGACAGCCGAUACUUGGGCUAGCAAAUAGUAGAUAUCUUUUGAUUUCAAGAGCCCUUACUGGAUACCUUUCAUUGAUGAGCUUUAUUUAUUGCAUUCAAAGAUUACCUUUGUCUCAGGCUGUAGUUCUAAGCUUUACAACUCCAAUCAUGGCUUCAGUUAUAGCAAGAAUCAUUUUACAUGAGAAAUUGAAAAUUUCAGAUAUUGGAGGUCUGGCUUGCAGUUUCUUUGGGGUACUCUUCAUUUUCCGUCAAGUGCUUACCAUACAAGGAGGAUUAGCUAAUAAAGGAGAAGGAGCCAAUGUAUAUAUCAAGGGAAGUAACCAUAUUUAUGCAAUCUUAGUCGGUAUAUUUUCAGCCAUAACAGGUGGAAUCAGCUACUGCCUUAUAAGAGCGGGAGCUAAGGCAUCUGAUCAACCAAUGGCUACAGUUUUUUCAUUUGGCGUACUGUCCAGUCCUGCUGUGGGAAUUUGUUCUUUUGCCUUUGAGGAUUUUGUUUUCCCAGGUUUUUAUUCGGUUACACUUAUGCUUGUACUUGGCUCUCUGGCUUUUCUCGCCGAGGUAUUUCUAGCCCGUGCACUUCAGCUUGAGAAAACCAGUAAAGUUGCAAAUAUUCAAUUCAUCGAGGCUGUCCUAUCGCAAUUGUGGGGCAUUGGUUGGUCAGGCCUAGCUCCAUCUUUUGGUCGACUUGUUGGAUGUCUGCUCAUUGUAAUUUCAGUGUGUUGCACUAUGUACAUUGGACCCGAUAAAGAAACUGAGUGAAAGAUGCGGAUUCUUCUGCUUUCUUAAAAGGCAUACGCACCUCUUUUUGGUGCACCCAUUUUUUUGUACUCAACUUGGCAAUGCCAAUCAAUAUAAGUCCUAAAAUUGUAUAUCUAAUCGCUCCUGCAUUCUUUACAUCAAGGCCA